AUGGAUUCUCAGCUAUGGUGGAACGGACCGCUAUGGCUCCAAUACGACAAAAUCACGACGCAUCCUUUAACAACGUUGGAAGACAAUGAGGAACCAUUAGGCGAAGAUGGGGAAGACAGCGUGAUAGUAAUGCCAUUGCAAACGGAGAAUGAUAUAUUCGGCAAGUUCUCAACGCUCAAUAAGCUGAUUCGUGUUACAGCUACCUGUAUCCGCUUUGCACUCAUAUGCCGAAAGGAAGUAGAGCGAGGUAUCUUACGCGUGGGUGGCAGGCUACAAAAUUCGAAGCUACAAGAGGGCGCAAAGCAUCCAGUCUUACUACCUCAUCGCUCUAGGUUUACAGAACUAGUCAUCGAACACGAGCAUAGAAAAAUGUUACAUGCAGGAGCGAAUUCAACUCUUGCUGCUGUUAGGUUGGAGUACUGGCCGCUCAAGGCGCGCGGUACAAUUAAGCGAUUAGUCCGUGGUUGCAUCACCUGUUUUAAAUCGAAACCUCAAAUUCCGGAACAGAUUAUGGGCAACCUACCGGCACACCGUGUGACGCCGUCCCGUCCAUUUGAGAACACAGGCGUGGACUUCUGCGGGCCUAUAUACGUUCGGGAAGGAAGAGGAAAAGGCAGGAAAAAUAUCAAGGCCUACGUAGCAGUGUUUGUCUGCAUGGCAACAAAAGCUGUGCAUUUAGAAGUAGUAUCGGAUUUGACGACGGAGGCGUUUCUGAACGCUUUCAAGAGAUUCAUCGGCCGCAGAGGAAGACCGUCUGAUGUAUUCUCGGACAACGGAACCAACUUUGUUGGAGCUAACCGUGAGCUGGAGGAGCUUCGAGAUCUUUUAAACCGAGAGGAGGAGCAGAAGAAGUUAAUAGAUUACACCGCAACGGAGAAAAUCAAAUGGCAUUUUAUACCCUCUCGAGCUCCACAUUUCGGCGACCUAUGGGAGGCGACGGUCAAAUCCUUCAAGAAUCAUUUUUAUAAGGUGGCUUCAGACGCAGCCAUGACAUUCGAGGAGGCAUCUACGCUGGUGAUUCAGAUUGAAGCUAUUCUAAACUCGAGACCAAUAGCCGCUCUUUCUUCAGAUCCGAACGAUCUGAGUUACCUGACAGCCGGUCAUUUUAUUAUUGGGAGGCGUUCUAAGUGGUACAAGAACAACGAUGCGCAAUUCCAAAUCGGGCAGUUGAUUCUGUGCAAAGAGGAUGGGCUGCCACCUUUGAAAUGGGUGCUGGGACGCAUCCAGAAAGUCUGUCCCGGGAGCGAUGGAAUAGCCGAACAGCCGUGA